AUGGAAGGGGCCGGGGCUUGGAAGGAGGUCCCUUGCAUCGUCGUCAAGGGCAUCUGUGACUACGCCGACAGCCACAAGAAUAAGGAAUGGCAAGACUUCGCGGCGGCAACCGCGGCUUCGGUGGCUGCGGCGAUACUUGACCGAUACGAGGUGUCAGGUGGCGUCAAACAAGAGAGAUCUGAACCAGAGGGCCACAAUAGCACCACGACCUACAGCCACAACGUCAACAACAGCCACAACGCCACGACCAAUAGCCACAACACCACCAGCAACAUUACAACCGGGGGUGGGGCAAUGGCCGUGGGUAGCAACAUCAAUAUCGGCAAGUAG